CUAGCUCACAUUCAACCGUUUAUUUUUGAACUUGUGUCGUUUAAUUUAUCUAGGUCAGGAGUAUUUGUAGCUCACUUUCAGUGACUAAUAUCGGACCUUCUUACAAUAUCCGUCACACGUCUGAGAUGAGAAAGAGGAAGAAGGACGCGGCAUUAAGCCAUGGGUACAGCAAUGUUAUCAGAAGUUAUCUCAAAUUCUGUUUUUGCUGUGGCAGUAUUGUUACCUAUUCAUCUUAUAGUUACCACAGUUGCACUUGACGUGAAGCAGAUAUAUUAUAAUCACUCACUAUUAGUAAGUGGCAUAAGUACACAGGGAACCACAGGUUGUAACAGCCUGUCGUGCUGCAAGGAGAUCUGUGACACUCGUGGCUCUGGAUGCGCCGCCUUUCAGGUCUUCCGGCCAGGGACGGUUGACAAAGAGGGGAACUGUUUUACCUUUUCGGAAUCACAAGCGUGUAAAGCGGGAGAACAGGCGGUCGAUUCAACGUUGUACAUUGUCAAUACAACGUGCAAAAAUGUGGUUUGUGGGAGUGAUAUUGAUAAGUGCAAAUAUGGCGUCUGCUCCAAGAGGGAUUACGGUUUGAGGUCUCGCUGUUUGUGUAACACGGGGUUUACAGGAAGAAGCUGCAACGAAACUGUGCAGUGCAUACCUGAUAAAGUCAACAACGCUACAAUUACCCCUGCACGUCAAACUUACCACUACAAAGACAUUGUGACUUACACCUGUGCUGUUGGAUACGAACUAGAAGGACUCAGCGGCGCAUCUAGCAUCAACAAGAGCUGCCGCGCGAAUGGAACAUUUGGUCACAUCCCGCCUUGUGUCGAGGCCAUGUGUCGCGCGUCUGAGCUUAUCGCCAGUCACCUUAUUCCAGAAAAGAUAGGACCGUACAGACGCGGGGAAGACGUGAUAGUGCGAUGCCAAGAGGGAUUUUUUUUUGACACUGCCGUCAAAGAAACUGAGAUACUCACCUGUUUAGCCAAUGGAACAUUUGCCAAGCCAUUUCCGUUGUGUUUCCCAGCUUGCCCAGACCUCUCACAUGUAGAACAUUCUAUGCCUAGUUCCCCUGGACCCUACGCCUUCAACGAGACGGUGACCAUACUGUGCAGCAAGGGUUACGCUUUGGGUGGGGGUGACACGUCCAAAACGCUGAGGUGUACCCAGAACGGAACAUUUGACACGACACCGGGCACCUGUCACAAAAUUCCAGAUAAAUCUCAAGUUUCAGCCGGAAUCAUAGCUGGGAUAUGUCUUGGUGUGUUUGCGUGUGUCACAGCCCUAUGCACUGCAGGUAUCAUCAUUAUUGUUCGACGGAGAAAACGAAAUACUGUUUUGGAGGAAAAACGAAUUGAACGAGAUAGUUCUGGUGCCAUCACCGAGGCAAGAGAUGAGAAAGACGGUGACAGUCAGGGGGCUAGGCUCUCAGAUCUCUACGCUAAACCGAUCAAAUUUAAAGCCAAUACUUAUACUUCAAGUGCGGAAGAGGCUCCACAAAACACGACGCUUCUUUCUCACAACCCCAGCGAGACUCCCUCAAAGGAACCUGAAUAUUCAAGUGACGUUCUUUUGGUGACAAAUUCACUAUAUGACACCGGGACUGAAGACUCUGUUAACAUGGUUGAAAAUGAUAUAUAUGGCUGACUGUUUUGUUUUUUGAGAGUUUUUGAGAGUUUUCAUGUUUGGUACGUGCAGAGCGUACCAGGAAUAUAUUUUAACGAAAAAUUUUACCAACACCGGAAGUCUCAUGGAUAACAUAUAAAAUAAACCAUACAAAACCAACUCUUUGCUCAAAAACUGCAGUAUACACUUUUUAAAGUAAGAUAUCCCUCGUUUUCAAUUACUGGUACAUUUACAUAAAGUACAUGAAAUAUACUUUGGCUUAGAAUGACACAAAAUUAUUUUGAUUUGUAUUUUGAGCAGUUCACCAAUAAUGUGUGGCGUGCGCUAUAGUCAACAUAGAUAUAGGAUAAAGGUGCCGACUUGUGGUUCAGAUUAAUCAGUUGAACGUAUAUUUGUAUCUUUGUUUUAUACAUCUGCAGCGCAAAAAAUGUCUAUUAUUACAUAUCGAACAGUUCAGAUUUUGAUUGAAAUAUAAAAACAUGUAUCACGAUUCUUGAUCACUGGCAGAUCCAAGAUUUUCACCCCAUUCUCAUAGAUUAGAUCGACCUACAUUGGAUCGACCUAACUCCCUGGGGG